CUGCCCGGCGCUUUCGCCACAAAGAUCUUGCUCCCCGGUAGCAAUCGCUCCCAACCAUUCCCCCCAAAGUCCUCUCGCCGCCGCAAGAGGAACCCUGUCACUUUGACCCCCAAGUCUAGACCCGCUUCAUCCUCCGAGUCGGAUACCACCCCGUCCGACGCCCACACGAGAUACACCUCCGGCACCUGUCCCUCCAUUGCCGUCGGCCUGUAUCGGUCGACAGCAGCCAGCGUCGACUCAAAAUGCUCGACGAGCCACGCCGGCGCCGGCGCCCCAUCUCCCAUGACAUUGUGUCGUGCCAGCCAGCGCAACACCUCCACUGGCAUCGCUUCGUACACAUUCCGCGGCGGCACAUCGAUGAGAAUCAGCUUCCGCACCUCUUCCCCAGCGCGCAUCAGCACCUUGGCCGCCUCGAAAGCGUAA